AUGCUGAGAGUCGGUGGCCGCUUGAAACACGCCAAUAUUUCAUUCGGCAAGAAACACCAGUUGCUGCUACCGCGGAGUCACCAUGUGACAAAGAUUUUGAUCGCGGCGCUACACAAGGAGCAUCUUCAUAUCGGACAGCAAGGAUUACUGGCAAUAGUACGUCAACGCUAUUGGCCGGUACGAGCCAAAUGCACCAUCCGGCAAAUAGUGAAGAAAUGCGUCCGGUGUUUUCGAAUGAAUCCUCCUGAAGUUGUGCAGUUUAUGGGAGCGUUGCCGGAUUAUCGGGUGAACCCCUCGCCGGUCUUCUACAGCACGGGAAUAGACUAUGCAGGGCCAUUCUUCGUCCGGCAAGGUCGUCGAGCAGCGAAAGUGAAGGGAUACGUGGCGUUGUUCAUUUGUAUGAGCACCAAGGCUAUACAUUUGGAACUUGUGUCGGAUCUCACCAGUGCAGCAUUCUUGGCGGCCUUGCAUAGAUUCGUCGGACGUCGUGGAUGUCCGGAGAAAUUGGUAUCAGAUAACGCAACCAACUUCAAAGGCGCCCAUUCGGAGUUACAGGAGCUCUACAAACUGCUCCAGUCGCAACAACUGCAGGACGAAGUCGAUCGCUUCUGUGCAGCCAAGGAGAUCCAGUGGUCCUUCAUACCGCCCCGAUCGCCGAACUUCGGGGGUAUAUGGGAGGCUGGAGUCAAGGCGGCGAAAUCCCACCUCAAGGUGAUUUUGUGUGAGGCAUCCUUGACCUAUGAAGAAAUGAACACGGUGUUAGUUCAAAUAGAAGCAAUAUUAAACUCCAGGCCCCUAACGCAAAUCUCCAAUGACGCCAAUGACCUAACUGCAUUGACACCGGGUCACUUUUUGGUGGGCCGUGAAUUAACAGCAGUUCCUGAGCCGAGCUACGGCAAUGUGCGAGUAUCGUCUUUGUCCAGAUGGCAGCACUUACAGAAGUUGAAGCAAGAUUUUUGGGCUAGAUGGUCAGCAGAAUACCUGAGCGAAUUGCAGCCGAGGAGUAAGUGGUAUAAGGACAAGAUAACCGUUCGUCCAGGAAUGCUGGUGGUAAUAAGGGAAGACAACAUGGCACCUCAACUGUGGCACCUUGGCCGCAUAACGGAGGUUACACCAGGUGCUGAAGGCUUGGUCCGCGUGGUAAAGAUUCGUACGGCAAAUGGAGAAGUAACCCGAUCAGUCAGCAAGAUUGCGAUUUUGCCCAUUGAGGAUAACACGUUUCCAGCGAAGGAGUGA